AUGCACUUCUCUGCGGCCGCCCUCUCUGCCGCCCUCCUGGCCGGGAUCACCAGCGCUAACGGAGGAGACACUCUGCAGCGCGACAUCUGCAAAUGCGAUGGCGCGGGCCAGGACAACUACAACAUUGCUAUUUCGUACUGCAACGGGCGGCUCCAGAAGUGCUUCAAUGCCCACAGGCGCUGCCAGGCUCCCUUGUCCAGCCCGUCUCUGUGCUCGCUCGACAUCUUUUACUACUUCGAGACACGGAUCUGCGGUGAAGGCGAAAGCAGCCGAUUCUGCUACGAGUUUGUGUGGCCCGGUCCCAGCCGCGACAAGUACUUUUUUGACGGCAAGGAGGCCACCCGGCCGGAGAAAUCGCAGGGACACAUUGACUGCAAUGUCAUUUGCCGGUCCCUCUGGCCGGGCACUUCGAUGAAUACUGUGGCCAGCAAGUCUGACAUCUACUAUGGCAUUCUGCCCGGGCUAUGA